GCGAAGGUCACACGCUGGGCUGGGAAGAUGGCGGCGGGGGCCGGCGGCUGCCGGAAAUGUCUCAUCAGUGGCAUGUGGCUGAUAUCCAGAAGAUACCCGGUUCCUGCAGUCCCCAGGGGUACAGUGUAUAGAAUGAGCAGGCCUGUUUUAGAGAUCCAUCAGUCUAGAUGCUACUCUUCUGGAGGAAGAAAAGGUUUUAUAUCAGGUUUCGUGGAGAACAUCAAACAGGAAUUAGCAAAAAACAAGGAGAUGAAAGAAAGUAUUAAAAAAUUUCGAGAUGAAGCUAAAAAGCUAGAAGAAUCUGAUGCGCUUCGAGAAGCAAGGAGGAAAUAUAAAACCAUUGAAUCUGAAACAGUGAAGACCUCAGAAGUGAUUAAAAAGAAACUUGAAGAAAUAACUGGUACAGUUAAAGAGAGUUUGGAUGAAGUAAGUAAAAGUGAUAUUGGCCGAAAGAUAAAGGAAGGUGUGGAAGAAGCAGCAAAAACAGCAAAGCAGUCUGCGGAGUCAGUGACAAAAGGAGGAGAGAAAUUAGGCAAGACAGCAGCCUUCAAAGCUAUUUCUCAGGGAGUAGAAACCGUUAAGAAGGAAAUAGAUGAAAGUGUUUUAGGGCAGACUGGUCCUUACAAACGUCCGGAGCGACUACGAAAAAGAACAGAAUUCUCAGGCGAGAGGAUUAAAGAGGAGCGAAUAUUUGAAGCUAAUGAGGAGGCCAUGGGUGUGGUGCUGCAUAAAGACUCGAAAUGGUAUCAGCAGUGGAAAGAUUUCAAGGACAACAAUGUGGUCUUCAAUAGGUUCUUUGAAAUGAAAAUGAAGUAUGAUGAAAGUGAUAAUGCAUUCAUUCGAGCUUCCAGAGCUGUCACAGACAAAGUCACUGACUUAAUAGGUGGAUUGUUCUCGAAGACAGAAAUGUCUGAGGUUUUGACAGAGAUACUCAAAGUGGAUCCAUCCUUUGACAAAGAUCGUUUUUUAAAGCAAUGCGAGUAUGAUAUAAUCCCCAAUGUCUUGGAGGCUAUGAUGUCUGGAGAGCUUGAUAUCCUCAAAGACUGGUGCUAUGAAGCGACUUACAGCCAGCUUGCUCAUCCAAUCCAGCAAGCCAAAGCCAUGGGUCUCCAGUUCCACUCCAGGAUUCUUGACAUCGACAACAUCGAUCUGGCUAUGGGGAAAAUGAUGGAACAGGGACCAGUAUUAAUCAUCACUUUCCAGGCUCAGGUCGUGAUGGUAAUUAAGAACCAGAGAGGGGAAGUGGUGGAAGGUGAUCCGGUAAGUGAUGCUCAUCGGCUGUGCACACGUUCCCUGGGUGCCCUGCAGCCAUCUCAGUUGUGGGGGAUUCAUCUAGGUGCGUCGAGAGCAGCGGGUGCCCACGCAUACUGCGUUCACCAGUGUGCACAAUAUUGCAUCUUGUGGGUAAGGUCUCCGUUCAGCUCAGUGUGGGCUUUUUAUUCCUGUCAGACUCCCAAGUGUUGCGACCCGUUAAUUGAGAAUUAUCGUAUAUGAGGAGAGUGCAAACAUCUAGAAUGGACAGGGGAAUAUUUUAAAUUCACAGUGAGGAGAGGAGCUGGAGCUGUGACCACCGGCAGCGCUUUCUCUUCCACUCGCUGCCGUGCCUGGCCAGCACGCUCCCUGCCUGUGGUUAUCGCCUACGAGUUCCGCUCCUUUGGCACCCUCUGGGACAGAACUGAACUGUCGAUUAGAGCUCCAUCACACAGCUUCUGCCUGAUCCUGUUCUUUUUGCCCUCCCUUUUCCUUUCAUAAGUAAACACAGAGUGCAAAGAUGUUUGGUAAACAGGGUGGGAGCUGGAGUUAUUUAAGUCGUUUGCAGGAGAUGGGGCAAAUCAACAACUGGAAGUAGAAGUUCAUGUUUUUGGCUGCUGCCUCCCUACUAAAUAUCUUAAAGUGCUGCAAGCCUUUACUUACCGAAACCCUCCCGUAUCCAGUUGUAUUAAAUGCCGUAUGUGGUACAGGCUUCUAACGGGAACUCUGACACAGGGUGAUUUAUGCAGCAAAUCUCUGGCAUCUCUAUGGAUUGUACUUCACCGUGGUUUAGCUUUUAACACCGCAAGUCCAGCCUGCGCCUUCUUUUGUGGGUGAUGCUAGACUGAGCCUGUCAGACAUAACCACAGAAUACGCUUGUUACCAGAGUUAAUGACACAGCAGGCUCGAGGAGCCCGUGCGUUUUCCGGAAUACCUUUGUUCUCAAGUGGCUCGCUAGCCAGACAGCUCAGUCUGUGCAAUGUUUAAGUAGCUUAAUGAUAUAUAAUGGGGGGGACGUUGUGAGAUGUCUGGAGCUGGCAGUUUCUAGCAGACUUCCAUUAAAAUUAAUACAUGCAUUUAAUAAAUAUUGGCUUUUUGCAACCAUUGUCUUUAGUCCAGGCUGUAAGUUUACAAAAAAAAAGGGACUAAUUUUAAUGAUGGGGCCCAUCUGGACUGAUUUAUAACCUGUCACAUCAACUGCAGGGGUGGAACAGCUGAUAUAGUGAUUUCUUGCAUUAAAUUACUGCAUUCCUAGAAGAUUGAUAUUGAUGUGAUAAUUAUCGAACAGGAUAUCAAAGUCUGUUUGCUGUCUGAUUUCUCUGGAGCAGCAAUAAAUCAAGGAGAUGCAUUAAAAUUCUCCAUUGAAAACAAAACUUCAGCUUUAAUCAAAUGUCAGAUGCAGGCUGGCUGGUAACUAUGAUUUGGUGUUAACUGCUGAGCCGCUCCUGCAGAGUAUUGAACAAACGACCUUCUGGGGAAAAGGAGCCUCAAACUGCAAACUCUCUGAACAGAAAUCAUAUGCUUGUAAUUGCUGCGGUGUUUUACCUAGUUGCAAUUGUUCAGGUUCCCACUGAUGUGCUGCAGGCUCACCCCCAGUGAGAUGUGGGGAGACCAGGCAGCCUGUGACGGGGUUGGACCAGGUAUUGUGGUGGUUAACGUAGGAGACCCCCACGGAGCACCACAAACUCCAUCUGGGAAAAAGAAGCCUUAGACAACCCCUUGAGCAAUGCUGCGAAGUCAAGGGAAUCUUUUUUUUUUUUUUUUUUUUUUAAAUGAGGUCCUGAAGGACUGUGAGACAGGAUACUGUUUGUCAUAGGCUGUGGGAUUAAAGGACAAAUUUUCACCUUGCACACAUGGCCACGAUAGAAAUCUGCCGUUGGGAGUUCACACGUUUGCUGUCCCACUUUCUGUGAAUAUAUGCAGCCGCAAGCACUGUACAUUGAGGAUUAAGAUGUACCCUAUUAAUAAAAGCACCAGAUCAGAAAACUAGAAAUCUCUCUGCUUUGGAAACACGUAGGUUUUGUGUUUCUUCACAUCUUAUUUCCAGGAAGAAAGUUGUGCUGCUUGUUCAGUACUGCGUGCUGCGAGGUCACCAGCAACUCUAAGCUUAGCUGCUGUUCAUCCCUUCAGAAAUCCUAUGUUCAAGAACGUAAACUUUUCCAGAUGUAGCAGAGCUUUCGUGCUGAAGUGUAUGAUUAAAUUGCCUUUCCUACGCAAAUGGACUUUGAAAAUCACAAAUCACAAAAAUCACACAAAUUAAGGUUCCUCUGACAAUGUUAAAUCAAUUCUGUUACUUCAUCUUGAGCUUAUACUUAGUGUUUUAUAGCAGGCAAAAGUUUUGCUGUUUUUCCUCUCUUGUCCCUUCUGCUCUUCCUUCUGACAUAUCCUCCCAAACAUCUGUAUGACUCAAAUUUUCAAUCACUUUUAACGCUUCUGAGCAGAGCUGAAGCAAGUUAAUUUUCUGAAACACUGAGCAAGAAAAAAAUGACUUUAUGAUAUGCGAUAUUUCUAAAACAUUAGGUUUCUAAUGACUGGUCUGAUACAGAAAGUCUCCCCCCUCACAUUUGUGUACCUAAAUUAUAACCUAUAAAGAUUCACACAUUCGAUCAGAAAUGUAGUCGUUAAGUAUGCAUCUGGGAGCUGAGCCAAUGCACGGGCUGAUCCCUCAGUGAUACUUCCUUAUCUGAGGGAAAUACUCUCCGUGGUUAAUGGUUAAAUGAUAAAAAUCAAAAGAACCUUUGAUUUGCAGAAUGGAUCUGUGACACCAGGCUGGAUUUGGGCUCUGAUGGGCAGUGUCACCUCUCUCCUGGGAGAGGCAGACACUUCGUCAGAGGUGGCUGCAGGGACUCUUCAGGGAGUUGUUUUCCUAAGACUGACCCAGUAUGGUGAAAGCACUGUUUGCACUGCAAAAAAGCUGCAGAAUUAGCGUGUGUCUGUGGCUAACGCUGUGGUUGGACUUGUAACGGUCUGAUUUUCGUUGGUAAAUGUUGAUUUAUUUUUUUUUUUCCCCCCGCUCUCUGUCUCUCAUCAGACCUGGCGAUGAUAAUUUCUGGUUAAUUUGAGCUGCUCAAAUGGAAGUGUGAGCACCAGUGAUGGAGCUGUGGGGAGGGGAGGCAGCUCACAGGCUGAUGUGGGAGAGGCAGAGUUAGAGCCACAGGAAAGAGCCUGAACUCAAGUGACGUUACAGAGAGCAGUACAGCCUGGUGGCAGGACCGAUUGGAAACCGGAAAUUUACAGAGUCAUAGAAUCACAGAAUGGUUUGGGUUGGAAGGGACCUUAAGGAUUAUCUAGUUCCAACCCCACUUCUUUAAAAAGAAGGUCAAAUAUUAUCAAACUUGGCAGUGGUGCCAGUCAAUGUAUAUCAGCCAGAGAUAUUUAGAAACCCUGAUUCUGUUUUUGGAAAUCAAAAGUUGAUCCGUUCCUGACUGUGAUGAAUUUCUAACCGCAGUCUAGUAGAUGUUGCUGGAGCUGUCCUUAUUUGGGACCUUCGGGCUUAGAAACAGAGAGCAAAAUCACGAGCGAGUCUCUGGAGGAAGUGUGGAGCAUGUCCCUGCCACCUCUGAGCCAGGAGGUCUGUGACCAUCACGCAUGCUCUAACGACAGGAUUUUCCUUCCAGGACAAGGUUCUGCGGAUGCUGUACGUGUGGGCGCUCUGCAGAGACCAGGAUGAGCUCAACCCAUACGCCGCGUGGAGGUUAUUGGACAUUUCCUCAUCGAGCACUGAGCAGGUUCUCUGAGAAGAAUCACAUCCAAGGGCUUCCCAUACCUCUCUUGAAGCAGCACCAUCUCUGAACUCACACCAGUCUGCUGUAGGAUGGACCGUGGAGAGGAGAGGCUGGACCGGUUCCUUUUCAGAAGAACAGGCUAUUCCGUGUACCCUCAUUACACCAACCCCUAUAACGAACUGGACGAGUCUGACAUAUCUGCCUUACGCUUUGCUGUGUAGUGUCGCACUGUAAGGAUGUACGGUAGAUUUGAACGUGAAUGCUCUAAGACUCUAGCAGCUGCUGUUGGCUCCUUUUUUAAUUGUGGCCGAAGGAGGCUGGUUUGGGUCCCGUGUGUUUCCCAGGGAUGGACAGAGGUGGGUUAUCGGAGAGUGAGAUGCGACAGGUCUAGUUCCCAUCUGCUGUCAUCCUCUGGUGGCCUCAAAGCAUCCCUGAAAAGAUCUUAGAGGUGCUUUUGAGGCACGUUGGUCUUAGCUAACCUACAUCUCUUGUACAAAGUCGCACCAAUAAGCCUUCUGUUGCUGCAGUGUCUUGCACUUUACCAAACCAAAUACAGUCGGGACUUUGCGCACGACUCUCUGUUGAUGUGGAGCAGAGUUGGGAUGGAGAUGUUGGCAUCAUCAGGCAGGUUCAUGAGGCUGGUUGCAGGGGUGGACUUUGCUGCUAGCGAUAAUGUUUAUAUAUCCACAGCUUUGCAGGGGGAAGGUUCUUGUUUCUGGUGUUCUGUUCACGGUACCGCUCAAGAGCACGCAACGGCGUUUCUCUGUCGGGUUAAUAUGAUGGUGAGGAGGAGACAGGCUGCAACGGGCUACGAGGAAGCAGGCAGAGUGCUACAGUGGUCAGGAGUAGGUGCUAACAGAUUAGCAACAAAUGAGUAAAUAAAAUGCAAUAACAGGUA